AUGGGCGGCAAAGGCGGUGGCGGAGGAGGUGCCAAAGGAAGUGGUGGUGGAGGAGGUACUGGAGCUGCUGGCAAAGGUAGUGGUGGUGUUGGUGGUGGCGGCGGCGGUUCCUCAAAGGGUGGUGGCAGUGGUGGCAUGAUGGUUGCUCCGGGCAGUGGAGGAGGAGCCCAUAUCUCAAGGGAUACUUUUGAGAGCAACCCCCAAGGCUAUUUUUCUGGCCUGCACUCUGGUGAAAAAGGAACCAAAUAGAUGCUCGAUCUACUAAUUAAUUAAUUAAUGCUAGCUAGCUCCUGUUUAAAUGACAUGUAGCUGCU